UACCCCUCUUUCUUCCCUAUCCUUCUAUCAGGUAAGUUUUUCUAUUUAGCUUAGAUUGUUAAAUUAUUUUUAUGUUAGUUUGUUGGAUUUAGGGAUUUGAAUGUUAGUUUUAGGGAUUUAGAUGAUAGUUUUGGAUGUUAGUUUUAGGAUUGAAUGUUAGUUUUAGGGAUUUAGAUGAUAGUUUUAGGUACAAUAAUCAGUUACGGGUUUUAGAUGAUACCGAGAAAGGGAAUUGGUCAAAGCAUUUCUGGAACAUAAAAUCAGUCUGGGGAACUGAUACGUGUGAAAUUGUUUGGGUGAAAUGGCCUUGGAUAAAACCAUGCUAUGUUUACUAUUACAAUGUGGAGAGACAGAGUGUUAGAAGAGUUUAUAUCCAAGGAAUUGACGAUAAGGUCUUUGCUAUUCUUUUUUUUUAAAUAUUUAUUUUUGCUGAAGUCAAAAACCUAGACCCUUUCUGAAUCUUGCGGUUUAAUUUUCUUGCUUAUGGAUUUGUUCUCUUUCUUAAUUAUCAGCGACAUUGAUUUUUUUCAUGCUACUUUUAUCUUAUAUCCACUCCAAUGUUCCUUCACUCCGAGGUCGAUUUAAUUUCAUGGCAUCCACCAAUAUUCGAUAUGAAUCUUCCAAACACCACUAAUUCCUUUGUCAUCAUCAAAAUAAAAGUCUUGACUGACGUUAGGGAAAUGAAAAUAUUGUGGAGAAAGAUUGAAAUUGGGUUUCUGCAUUUUCCUGAGACGAACCAAAACGGGAUAUACAUCAACGGGAUUUUGUGUUACAUUUCUCUUAACAAGUUAACUUACGUUAUAGCAUGCUUUGAUGUUAAGUCUGAGAAAUUUAGGUUUUUAUAAAUAGAGGAAGAGAGCUCUGUGUUGAUUAGCUUCUUGAUGUUGAUAAACUACAAGAGACAGUUAGGUGCCCUUGUCUUUGAUGAUGGUGACGUUUAUUAUAACAAGAGCAAUAAAUGGUCAAAGCGUAGUUUUUGUUUGCCAGUUUGAGCUUUCAUGGCCAAAAGAUCAAUCUGAGAAACUGAUACGGGCGAAAUUGUUUGGGCGCCAAGUCCUUGGACCUAUCAAUUUUAUGUUUUCUACUACAAUGUGGAGAGACAGAAUGUUAGAAGCAUUGAGAUCAAAGGAAUUGAAGAGAAAUUGAUGUGUCGAGAUGCCCUUGAACCAAUUUUCAUCUUCACAAACCAUGUUGAGAAUCUGAUGAUGCGGCAAUAAAUCCGUAGCUGAUCACGGUAUUUAUUUUACUUUAAUUUUUUUUUUCUGAAGUCUAAGAGCAUGUCCAACCAUAAGUAUAUUAAGAGCAACAUAUAUGGUGGAAGUGCUGAAGGGUUCUAAAAGAAAAAAAUAUAUAUUAGUAUGCUAAUCAUGUAAUUAUAUAUUUAUUUUUAGAACUUUUAAAAAAUUAGAAAAGUGACAUCUCUUGCUUUAGUUUCCUAAGAGGUCCUAAAAAGUCUUACUUUUGAGAACUUUUUCUAACUCUCCCUCUUAUUUUUCUGAUUUUAUCUUUUCUUUCAAGUCUUAGAACUCCUUCCAAAUAUUAUGGUUGGAGCUGCUCUAACAAGGGUAUCUAACAUGUAAAAUAUUAAUAUUUUACUAUAAUUCAGUUAAUGGUUAAAUUUUAAAACAGAUAAAGAAAGUAAAACCAAUUAUGGAAUGACACAUAAUGUCAAAGUUUCGUAAUUUUUUUUGUUGAGGAUGUAAAAAGGAAAUUUAUUUUUGUUCUCUCUCUACCUUUAACAAUUUUUUAAUUUUUUUUAAUACAUAGAUACUGGUUAUAUACUGCUGUUAAGGCUGUCGUAAGAACAUAUCUAAAUGAUUAGAAACGUAAAUAUGUAUCUAAAAUUUAUAAUAAUAAAUUUUUUGAUUUAAAUAGAUUAUCGACUUAAAAUUUAAGUGAUAGCAGAAAUCUAACUAAUCCUAUAAUGACAUUUGACAAAGCAGUUUCAAAUAGAGUUCUAAAAACAUCUCUAGAUACUUUUUGACAGUCUCUCUCAUUUUUUUUUUCUUCUAAGAGUUGAGAAACUCACGUCCAUCCCACUGAUGGACAUGCUCUUAAGAUUUAUUCUUAUUGAUUUUCUGUUUGUUUCAUAAAUCUUUGCGACAUUGAUCUCAUUAUAUUUUCAUGCUAGUACUGCUUUUUAUUCAUUCAUAUCACAUAAAGAUUACGUAGACUUGAGAAACAGAACUUACAUAGAGAGAUGAGCUCUAUCAUCUUACUCCUUGUGAGCUGUGAGUUUUUGACCAUGCCAAGAAGCAAGAGUGACCGAAGCUUAUCUACGUAUUGCCACCUUUUUGAAAGAAUAUGGUUUGUCAGAGCAAGUUAUACUUUGUAUACAAUUGAUAUUGCUCUUCCACCUGGAGAAGAACACUGUUAAAAAGAGUUAAAACCCAAGAUUUCUCUGGGAGCCGAAAUUCGCACCGUCGAUUUCCAUAAAAUUAGGAAAGUUAGGAAACCCUAAAUUUCCCAAAGGUCCCGGAUUUCUGCUAAGCCAAACGUCAAGCAAUCAGAUAAAUAAACAGACGAAAAUGAUAACUUGAAUAAAGUAAAAAGAGAGCAAAGAAGAUCUUAUUCCAAAUUUGUGUAUAAGCGUUUACAACAGGUAAAACCUUGGUCGUAAGAGCUGUUGGCGAGUUCCUAGUUCUAACCACCUAAGACUUAAAAAUCUAGUUGAGUCGCAGCUCGAUAAAAAAAACAGAAAAUUGCCUAAUAUUGCUCUAAGUGCUAAGUUUGCUGUGUGUGUAAAAGUUCUCUCUUGCGCCUGUCGCUUUCGUGUCCCUUAUAUACUCCUUCUAGGUAAGUCUGGGCUUUCCUUUUCUGCCCUUGGGCCGAGUUUAUCUUAUCGCAUGAAUAUUCCAUUUUUUCCGAUCUUGAUGAUUAUCCCUUGAAACUUGACAUUUAUCUCCGAAUUUGCCUUUAGUACGACGUCGAUUUUACGAGAUAGCGGAAAUCAGUAGUAUAUCUCAGAUAACCAUUAUAUUAAGCUAAGCGUUAUCAUUUUAUACGAUCGAUCCGAACUUAUAUGAGAAAAUAAGUCUUCGUCGUUUUUAUCGUAAAGUUUUAACGGUAACUCCGAUCGGGACGAGACAAGAGACAGUUUGACCGAGACCCGAAAGAGGGAGUUUUGGAGAUGAGAAUGCAUGGUGUGGGACUGAUCCAACUCACUUAAUGGCGAAUUGGACAAGACUGAUCCAACUCGCCGUCGGGCAAGUUGGACAUGAUGCAUCCAACUCGCCCAAUGGCGAGUUGGAUUGGACGUGGGCGAGUUGGGUCAGUCCCACACCAUGCAUUGUCGUCUCCGGAACUCUCAAUGGUGAUUUGGACUUGGCUAAUCCAAUUUGCCCGAUGGCGGGUCGUACGAUGCUGGUUUGCUUGUCUUGAUGCUUUGGCAACAUCUAUUCGAGAGAUUAAAUGAUCUCUUCCGAGGACCUUGUCUUGCAAAUACUCUUAAAAAUACGAAGUUUUAGUUUUCCAUAUUUUUAAUUUUUUACAAAAAGGUUUCUCGAGAACUUUUUGACAUUGAUUUCGUCAUUACCGAUUUUGACCCCAACAAUUUCCAGAUGAUGAUGUCUUAGUUUAUCCUUCUUUUCUCAUCCUUUAUCGACGUCGGAUCCUCAACAGAAGCCCACCGCUCUUAUAUACAAGGUCCUUCACUCCGAGGAUAAUUUUUUUCCGUCUAUCAUCAACUUUGAUAGCAUAUUUUCAAAUCGGCAUCCACCAAUCUUCUUUCUGAAUCUUCCAACCCCCGCUAAAUCCAUUUUCAGUGCCAAUCCUCCACUCACCUCUUUCUCCCAGACUUAUCGUCAUCACAGUAAAAGUCAAUGGUUUAUUAAUGUUCUAAGAAGAUAAGUCAACUGUUAUCGGUUAAUGAUGAUAAUUUUAUAUGGAUAUGGAUUCGAUAAUGAAUUAAAUCAUAGGAACGAUUACUGAGAUUAUCACUAUUUGGUAUUUCACAAGAAAACCUGAGUUUUUUGGGUUUAGGGGAUGAAUCAGUUGACCCCUAAAAUGUAAUUUUCUUUUUACUAACAAGUAGAGAAUUCAACAUCUUAAUAAGAUUAUGGUACUAAAAAGAAUAUUUGUUGCCAUAUGAAUUCAAAUUUUGGUUCAUGAAUGGUGGAAAAAUAAAAGACACAAUAGGAUACUUAAGAUUCCAUAUUAAAAAGAAAAGGAAACUAAAGAUUUUAAAAAUAUAAUGUAAAAUAUCAGGAUAUGUAUUUCGAUAAGCCUAUAGUAUAUUACCUCCUGUUGUCUUAGCUAUCUGCAUUCCCAGACCAUAGCAAAAAUCGUCAUGAGCCUAGAGAAAUACAACAAUCCGGUGAAACACCUUAAAAUCAUCAAAGGCCACAUACAAUCAUCAAAAAACUCUUCAACGUAUGUAGGAGGAAACUCGGAGACGCUUCCCAUCGAUCUCAUCAUCGAGAUCCUCAAGAGACUACCAGCAAAAGCCAUUGCACUAUGUCGAUGUGUCUCGAAGGAAUGGGAUUCCAUACUUUGCAGUCCACAUUUCGCAAAAUCGUUCCUGACGAGUUCAUCCACUCGGCCACAACUUUUGUUCACGUUUGAAUUCAAAGGCAAGUGGCACUUCUUUUCAUCCCCUCAGCUUCAUUUUAAUGAGAACAUAAGUGUUGUAGCACCGGAUUAUCAUAUGGGUGUCUCUGGAGAUUGGUACAAAGAAGUUUGUCUAUCCACCAACGGUUUUGUCUAUCUUUACGAAAAGCAGAUGCUAAAGGGAAAGAUGGAAAGGGUUCCUGUGCUAUGUAACCCUAGCACGGGUCAGAAAAUACCUCUACCUAAAGUGAGAGCUAAGAAUAAUGAGUUAAGAAGCUUUCUUGGGUAUGAUCCUAUUGAGAAGCAAUUCAAGUUUUUGUGCAUGACCGUAACAAAGUAUAGAAGACAAAUAAACUCCAGAGAACAUCACAUCUUGACGCUAGGGAAAGGAAACCCAUCAUGGAGAAAGCUAGAAUGUGAGUUUCCCCAUUUUCCUCAGAACUACAGAAAGGGGAUAUGCAUCAACGGGAUAUUGUAUUAUGCAGCUCAUAACAACUUUAUUAACGUGAUAGCAUGCUUUAAUGUUAAGUCUGAAAAGUUUAGGUUUAUACAAAUUGAUUUCAACUUUUGGACGUUGAUAAACUACAAGGGAAAGUUAGGUGUCUUAGUCCGUGAUUAUAGUGACAAUAAUCAAUUAUGGGUUCUAGAUGAUACUGAGAAAGGGAAAUGGUCGAAGCAUAUCUUGUAUUUCCCAGAUAUGAUUUUCUGGAACAUAAAAUCAGUCUGGGGAACUGAUACAGGUGAAGUUGUUUGGGCGCAGUGGCAUUGGAAGAAACCAUUCUAUGUUUACUUUUACAAUGUGGAGAGAAAGAGUGUUAGAAGAGUUGAGAUCCAAGGAAUUGAAGAGAAGGUCUUUAUGGAUCCAGCUGCACACCAUGGUGAAGUCUUCACCUUCCCAAACCAUGUUGAGAAUCUGAUGUUUCGGCAAUAAAUCCGUGGCUGAUCGCGGGGUCUUUGCUCUCUUUUUUUAAUAUUUAUUUUUCCUGAAGUCUAUUGCCUAGACCAUUUUGAAUCUUGUGGUUUAAUUUUCUUUCUUAUGGAUUUGUUUUGUUUCUAAUUAUCAGCGACAUUCAUCUAUUCGUGCUACUUCUGUUUUAUGCAUGUAUAUCACUUAAAAGUUUUCUAAAGCUUGAGUAACAGAUAUUAGAUUAACAUACAAAAAUAUUAGCUCCAACACCAAAAUCAUCGUGAGCUGUGAGGUUUUGACGAUGCCGAAAAGCAAGAAUGGUUGAAGUUUAUCUAAUUUUUGCCACUUUUCCAGAGGAAUGUGGUUGUGCAGACAAGUUAUUACUUGUAGGACUCACUUGUUCAAGUAAAAUUGCUCUACAACCAGGAAACGAACAGUACUGUGCAGAUACGUGAUAAAGUCUUAGUUUGGUCUUCUCUUUCAGUAGUCAUAUUGAAACUUUGACCUUGGCUACUUGAUCAUAGAUCAGUAAUUCAACAAAUAAUGUACUUUCAAAUAUAACUAAUUUCAGCUGUAAAGUAAAAGAAACAUUGUACAUAAAAUUGAGUAAAGGCAACAAAAAAUGUACUCAUAUAUUUUUACAAUUUUUAGGUUUUUUUCCAACAAUGCCUAAACUACUUAUAGUAUGCCAAAGAUAAAGAAAACUUAUUUUUAAAAACUGAAACAUAGACAUAAAUAAUAAUGACAUCCCAAAAGAAAAGUUUUGUCAUCGGUAUAUAUGAACCUAAAUCAUAAUCCUUUAAUAACGUAAUUUAAUCUCUUGGAAUCUAGAUUAUAAUGCAAACAUCAUAAACAACUUAAACCCUAACCAAAAAUAUAAAAUCCCAUCAAUGUUUAUUAACUUCAAAACUUUUGAAAAAUAUUUCCAA